AUGGUGACUGUGAUUGAAUUUACUUACAACCAUCUAGACACCACCUUGGCUCCUGAAAUUGGUACCACUGGGCUGCAAUGUGACAAGAAAUACAUCCUGAUUUUCAUCGAUCUCGAUGCCAUCCUGCCUGGCACGAAAGUACAGUCCAUCAUUCUGCAUUGGUAUCAAUCACAUCUUCUAGUGGAUUGCACAAACCCUCACCAUCCAUCAUUGAUCGUUCCUGGCAAGAGCCACGAGGACAGGGGUCCCCUUGCAGCCUCGUACAUUGCACCUCGCGCACCUCCUCAUACCCGCCAUCGCUAUGUGUUCCUUUUAUUUGCGCAACCCUCCGAAUACCUCUUUCCUGAUUGCUUCGCACACGUGUUUCCGGAGACCCCCAGCGCCCGAUCUGGCUUUGAUAUCAGGAGGUUUACGCAGGCUGCAGGCCUGGAUAUGCCCCUUGCCAUGAACUUUUUCAUUGGCUGUCAUGAACCCACCGAUGGUGGGCCUACUACUGUUGUCCGCGCUACGACAACUUCCUUCCGUUCUGUCAAUUGUCCCACAAGUGCAACGAGGCCUUUGUAUGAAGCGAACCACACAUGGUGA